GUUUUUCUUAAGAAAUCAAAUCAGUGGAUCUUUAACCAUAAUUGGAAUUAGGUAAGGAAACAUACAUCCAUUUAAACUGGACAUAACUUUAUCAAUAGUUAAAAUUCUAUUGUAUUUCACAGACGAGAACCUAAUGUUUCCAAUAUAAAGAUGGUCAACUCAACUCUAGAGAAAAGAAAACAAAACCAAGUUGAAACUUUUGAUUUUAGCAAUGAAAUAUCUUACGACUGCCUUGGCUCUCUCAUUUUUGUAUUUAUUCACCGAUACAUCUUCGCAUUUCUCUUCUGGUGGUUUAGAUAUGAAAUAUUUCAACAAAGAUAGAGUAAAGACAGUGGUGGUUAGUCAUAGAGGUACAGGUGAUUUCAGAACCAUCCAAGCAGCCAUCGACUCCAUUCCCUCUAAUAACAACAACUGGAUUAAGAUCUAUCUUAAACAUGGAACCUACAACGAAAAGAUAGUGAUCGAGAAGCAAAUGAUAGUAAUGCAGGGAAACGAUGCAUCGAAAGUGACAAUUCAAUAUAAUGAUGCAGGACUAGCCAAUUCGAGUGGUCCGUUCAGAUUAAACGCUGAGUACUUCGUCGCUAUCAAUAUUACGUUCAAGAAUACUUAUAACAACAUAAAACAAACAGUACCGUAUAAGGAUAUAAAGGUAGCUCCAUCGGCUAUACUAAUGGCGGACAAGGCGUCGUUCUAUGGCUGUAGAUUCAUCAGUGUCCAAGACACACUUGCUGACUUACUUGGUCGCCACUACUUCCACAAAUGUUACAUCGAAGGAGCCGUUGAUUUCAUAUGGGGAAGAGGCCAAUCUAUAUACCAAAACUGCGUAAUAAAUGUUAAAGGAGUAACAUCAAAGAAAAUGGUGAAUAACAGAGAAAUGUUAGCAGGAUUCAUAACUGCGCAAGGGAGGGAAAGCGAGCAAGAUACAAGUGGAUUUGUGUUCAAUAAAUGUGUGAUCAAAGGAACUGGUAAGGCAUUCCUGGGAAGAGCUUACCGAGGCUACUCUAGGGUUGUCUUUUAUGGAACACACAUGUCGAAUGUCGUUGUUCCUCAAGGUUGGGAUGCUUGGCAUUAUAAAGGCCAAGAGGAUAAAUUUACAUUUGUGGAGGUAAACAGCACGGGAAAAGGAGCAAAUAAGAAGGGAAGAGUUAGGUGGGAGAAGAAUCUCUCAGCUAAAGAAGUUGACUUUCUUUUAAAUCCUCAAACUUUCGUUGAUAAUGAUGGUUGGAUGGCCACUCUUCCUUCUGCUCUCGUCUCUUUAUAUUAUAACCAUCUUCAAUCUUUAAGCUUCAGAAUUUAAUUUCGUUUAUAAUGUUAGUGGAAAAAACAUUCUUUAAUUCUUAUGAAAAGAAUAAGAUAUAUAUACAUGUUGUAUGUUUUAUUAUCAUCGUCGUAUCAUCCCCUUCGAUAUAUAAAAUAUUAUUUACAUA